AUGGAUUCUGAGGUCGCAGCUUUGGUUAUUGACAACGGUUCUGGUAUGUGUAAAGCCGGUUUCGCCGGUGACGACGCUCCACGUGCCGUUUUCCCAUCCAUUGUCGGUAGACCAAGACAUCAAGGUAUCAUGGUUGGUAUGGGCCAAAAAGACUCCUAUGUGGGUGAUGAAGCUCAAUCCAAGAGAGGUAUCUUGACUUUGCGUUACCCAAUUGAACACGGUAUCGUUACCAACUGGGACGAUAUGGAAAAGAUCUGGCACCACACUUUUUACAACGAAUUGAGAGUUGCACCAGAAGAACAUCCUGUUCUUUUGACUGAAGCUCCAAUGAACCCAAAGAGUAACAGAGAAAAGAUGACUCAAAUCAUGUUUGAAACUUUCAACGUUCCAGCUUUCUACGUUUCUAUUCAAGCUGUUUUGUCUCUUUACUCUUCUGGUAGAACCACUGGUAUCGUUUUAGAUUCUGGUGAUGGUGUUACUCACGUUGUUCCAAUUUAUGCAGGUUUCUCUAUGCCUCAUGCUAUUUUGAGAAUUGAUCUAGCUGGUAGAGAUUUGACCGACUACUUGAUGAAGAUCUUGAGUGAAAGAGGUUACUCUUUCUCCACUACUGCUGAAAGAGAAAUUGUUCGUGACAUUAAGGAAAAGCUAUGUUACGUCGCUUUGGAUUUCGAACAAGAAAUGCAAACCGCAGCUCAAUCUUCUUCUGUCGAAAAAUCUUACGAAUUGCCUGAUGGUCAAGUGAUCACUAUCGGUAACGAAAGAUUCAGAGCACCUGAAGCUCUAUUCCACCCAUCAGUUUUGUCUCUAGAAUCUUCUGGUGUUGACCAAACUACUUACAACUCUAUCAUGAAGUGUGAUGUUGAUGUUCGUAAGGACUUGUACGGUAACAUUGUGAUGUCUGGUGGUACUACCAUGUUCCCAGGUAUUGCUGAAAGAAUGCAAAAGGAAAUCACCGCUUUGGCUCCAUCUUCUAUGAAGGUUAAGAUCAUUGCUCCACCUGAAAGAAAAUACUCUGUUUGGAUUGGUGGUUCUAUUUUGGCUUCUUUGACCACUUUCCAACAAAUGUGGAUCUCCAAGCAAGAAUACGACGAAAGCGGACCAUCCAUCGUCCACCACAAGUGUUUCUAA